AUGAAACAGCCGCUGCUUAUAUCGCGAACUCCCCACCAUAUCUCUACAAUCUCACCCAAUUCCAAUAUUCAAAAUAUGGCGAACCAUAACCCGACAAUCCUCCUGAUCCCGGGUGCCUGGCACAAAGGGUCCACCUUCGACCUUGUUGCGACUAUCCUCCGUGACCAAGGCUACCAAGCAGAAACAAUAACUCUCCCCUCAGUUGGCGGGCCAGCCUCGACAACGGCCUACGACGAUGCUGAGUAUAUCCAGAGACAAUAUCUCGAACCUCUUAUAUCCAGCGAACGGAAUGUCAUCCUCUUGAUGCACUCGUACGCCGGAGUCCCUGGAACAGAGAGCGUCAAGGGCUUCACACGCAAAGGCCUCGCCGGGCAAGGCAAGAAGGGCGGCGUUGUUGGUCUGAUCUAUUUAUCUUCAUUCAUAGUCCCAGCUGGAGCAAGCGUUGCGACAUUAUUACCUGGUGGAUUAGACAGUUUCAUGACAAUGGAGGGCGACAUGAUGGUCCCUAAGAACCCCAGGGAGAAUUUUUAUAAUGAUCUGGAUGAUGCUGCUGCAGAGGAAUAUUUGGCUGAUAUUGUCCCCCAUGCGCCGGCGACUAUGUCCACUCCACUCACGUAUGAGGCGUACCGAGCCGUGGACACGAGUUAUAUCUUCUGCACCCGGGAUACUGGAUUUCCACUCGUUGGACAGCAGAGGAUUGCUGCUAUUGCGGGGAAGGAGAGGGUACACACGUACUCGGUUGAUGCGGGCCAUUUUGCUAUGUUGAGUCGGCCAGGCGAUGUAGCAAAUGCUAUCAUGGAUGUUGCGAGUAGGGUUGUGCAGAACUAA